AUGACAGUUCUACUGGUGGAUUAUGCAGAGACUGGAUUUGCAGGGAAUAUUGGGACAGCUGUCACGCACAGGGACCAUCACCAGAUGGGCUCUUUCGUGUCUGUGCAGAGAAGCGACGGCUCUGUUGAGUACCAGUGCCCACAGUGUCCUUAUAAGACCACCUGGAGAGGCAACAUUCGCCUGCACCAGGUGACGCAUUCGGACCAGUGUCCGUUCAUCUGCCCGCAGUGCUUCAAAGGCUUCAAGAGGAAUCACCACCUCAAACGCCACCUGUUGCAAGUACACAUGCAAGAUGGGGAUAUUCCUAGCUCCGGCCCACCGGAAGUGAAAAAAGAGGAUGCCGGAGGGUCUGCGUGUGCUGCUGGGUCACAUUCGUCUGCUACGCCCCCGACGUCGGCAUCGCUCGGCGAAGCGCAGCGUGCAGCAGCUGCAUCGGCGUGGCCACAACAUGACGGCAUGUGCUGCAGUCGCCGCAGGUGCCCAUUCUGCAGCAAGCCAUUCCUGACAAAGUGGCACCUGCAACGUCACGUGCGCAUCCACACAGGCAUUCAUCACCAAGACGACGCUUCACUGACUGUCGACAAAGGCAACGGCUCAAAGGAGUACAUGUGUCCGCUCUGUCCUUACACGACCUCCCGAAGAGGGAACGUUCGGCUGCACCUAAUCAGACAUUCAGACCGACAUCCGUUCCUCUGCCCCGUGUGCUCCAAGGCCUUCAAGCGCAGUUACGACCUCAAGCGCCACCUGAGACACCUCCAGACCCACACAAAUGAGUGGCCCUACAAGUGUCCCUACUGCCCCAAGGCCUAUUUCGAGAAGAUUGCCUCGUCGCCCACGUGCGGCGCCACACGGGUGACAAGCCUCACCUCUGCCAGCUCUGCCACAUGA